AUGGCAACAAGCAUGGAAGGACAAGUGGCGACUCCAGCAGAAAUUCUGAAGACCUACGAGGAUGUAAUACUGAAUAAUGAGUAGUACCUACUGUGGAAACUCCUCAGCUAAGAUGAGUGUCAAUGAAGUAUCAGCUUUCUCAUUGACUCUGGAGCAAAAAACUGGCUUUGCUUUUGUUGGGAUUUUGUGUAUCUUCUUGGGACUCCUUAUUAUCAGAUGCUUCAAAAUCCUGUUAGACCCAUACAGUAGCAUGCCUUCCUCAACAUGGGAAGAUGAAGUUGAAGAGUUUGAUAAAGGAACAUUUGAAUAUGCACUUGCAUGAGAGUUCAGCUUUGUGAGUUUUAGGGUUACCUCACUGGGACACGUGAUUGAUACAGUUGUACCUAUUUUGAGUGUGCUGGAGAGAUGCUGAUUUCAUUCACUGAAUUCAUUAAAUGUGUGUGUUAAAUUUAUCCACCAUGCCGGUCUCCUUGGUCUCCACAUCAAGUUUUCUAAAGACAAAAUCAUAAGGAUUGCUCCAGCCAUAUAUGUCAUCUUUGUUCUAACAUCUGCCUUGAAUCUCUGCUUCCUUUUUGUGCUAAUGAACUGUGCUGGAGGGUUCCUGCUUCUGUCUCUGUGCAAUGCCCAGC